UCAAAUUAAUCUCAAUAGAUUAAUUAAAGAUGAUAUUAAUAAGCAAAUUUAGAAUAACAUUAAUUAUUUUUAUCAUAAGUACUUUCAUCUUUCUUGCUUCCGGUUCAGAGGUUUCCAUCAAGCCCACAAGUGAUGGCCUUUCAACAAAAAAGAAGUUCUGUUUGCUACAGAGUUUGCGAUUUGCAUAUUCCGCGAAUAUACAAAGGGAAAAAUGCACCUACUUUGUGACAACAGAGACAACAUGUACCAAAGGUGCAGACACCACAAAUCAUGUAAGUCUAAGAUUUGGUGAUGAAAAUUCCAAUGACAUUUUAGUGCACCAUUUGAAUUCUAAACAUGUUAGAAGAGUUGAUCAAUUGGAACCACAAGUUCUUGAUGACAUCCCAAGAAAACCAUUUCAAUCUUGUAUGGUUGAUCAAUUUCAAGUCAUUGGUCAAUGUGUUAAAUCACCAAUUUGUUAUCUAUAUCUUAAAUUGGCUGGAAAUGAUGAUUGGCGUCCUGGUUUUGCUCAAGUUCAAGUCCUACAAGGACCUCAUUUUAGCUCAAAUAUGUUUUAUUUUCGACGAUAUUUGCCUCGUCGUGUAUGGCAUGGAUUGGACCUUUGUGAGACACAAGUGACACCUUUUGGGUUAAAACGUAAGAGAAAUGUAACUGGAGAUAGAGCUCCGUAGACUUUUAUAUGUCCCGUGAAAAUUAUAAAAAUAAAAUAUAUUAA